GGGGCGGGCUUUCCGUUCCCCGGCAGCCGCGGGGCCCGCCCCCUGCCCCGGCCAAUGGGCGCGCUCGGCGGCGUCACGUGCCCGCCGCCGCCGCCGCCGCCGCCGAAGCCGAAGCGGAGACCGGAGCCGCGAGCGCCACCAGGGCAGCAGCCGCCGCAGCCGCCGCCGCUGGGCUGAGGAGUCGGAGCCGCGGGCGGACGAGGUGGCGGCGGCGGCGGAGCGGGCGCGGGCGGCGGGCGCGGGCCGAGCGCGGCGGCGCGGGAGUUGAACCCAGGGCCACUGAGCUACUUCCCUCAUCCAGAAAGGGUCUUGAAGACUUCCAGCCGACCUGCACUUCAAAUUGGUGUAUUCCAGAGAACAAGUCUUCACACGUCUUUCUGUAUUGACUCUGAGCUGUCAGGGACUCAGGCUUAUGAGGAGGUACUGUGACACAAAACAGUGUCUAGCCAAGACGACAAGAAAGAGGGGAAAGGAUCGGAAAAAGAAGCUGAAGUACUAUAGAGAACCAUGAGAUCUAUUCGCUCUUUUGCCAAUGAUGAUCGCCAUGUAAUGGUGAAACAUUCAACGAUCUAUCCAUCUCCAGAGGAACUUGAAGCUGUCCAGAAUAUGGUGUCUACUGUUGAAUGUGCUCUUAAACAUGUUUCAGAUUGGUUGGAUGAAACAAAUAAAAGCACGAAAGCAGAGGGUGAGGCAGAGGUGAAGAAGGAGGAGACUGGAGACACCUAUUCCAAGGAUCAGAGUGGCCGGACAUUGUGUGGUGUGAUGAGGAUUGGCCUGGUUGCCAAAGGCUUGCUGAUAAAAGAUGACAUGGACUUGGAGCUGGUUUUAAUGUGCAAAGACAAGCCCACAGAGACCCUCUUAAAUACGGUCAAGGAAAACCUUCCUGUACAGAUUCAGAAACUCACAGAAGAGAAAUACCAAGUGGAACAAUGUGUAGAUGAGGCAUCUAUUAUAAUUCGAAAUACAAAAGAGCCCACGUUAACUUUGAAGGUGAUACUUACUUCCCCUCUAAUUAGGGAUGAAUUGGAAAAGAAGGAUGGAGAAAAGGUUGCGGUGAAAGAUCCUCCGGACUUACUGGACAGGCAGAAAUGCCUGAAUGCCUUGGCGUCUCUCCGACAUGCCAAAUGGUUUCAGGCAAGGGCAAAUGGAUUGAAAUCGUGUGUAAUUGUGCUCCGUAUUCUGCGUGACUUGUGCAACAGAGUCCCCACAUGGGCACCGCUGAAAGGAUGGCCACUAGAGCUUAUAUGUGAAAAGUCUAUAGGUACUUGUAAUAGACCUUUGGGCGCUGGGGAGGCCUUGAGACGAGUAAUGGAGUGUUUGGCAUCUGGAAUACUACUUCCUGGGGGUCCUGGCCUUCAUGAUCCUUGUGAGCGAGACCCAACAGAUGCGCUGAGCUACAUGACUGUCCAGCAGAAAGAAGAUAUCACACACAGUGCACAGCAUGCACUCAGACUGUCUGCCUUUGGCCAGAUUUAUAAAGUGCUGGAAAUGGACCCCCUUCCAUCUAGUAAGCCCUUUCAGAAAUAUUCUUGGUCAGUCACUGAUAAAGAAGGUCCUGGGUCUUCAGCUCUGAAGAGACCAUUUGAAGAUGGAUUAGCAGAUGAUAAAGAUCCCAAUAAAAAGAUGAAACGAAAUUUAAGGAAAAUUCUGGAUAGUAAAGCAAUAGACCUUAUGAAUGCGCUAAUGCGACUAAAUCAGAUCAGACCUGGGCUUCAGUAUAAACUCUUAUCCCAGUCUGGCCCUGUCCACGCCCCAGUCUUCACCAUGUCUGUAGAUGUGGAUGGCACAACAUAUGAAGCCUCAGGACCAUCCAAGAAAACAGCGAAACUUCAUGUAGCAGUGAAGGUAUUGCAGGCAAUGGGAUAUCCAACAGGCUUUGAUGCAGAUAUUGAAUGUAUGAGUUCUGAUGAAAAAUCAGAUAAUGAAGGCAAAAAUGAAACAGUGUCUUCAAAUUCAAGCAAUAAUACUGGAAAUUCUACAACUGAAACCUCCAGUACCUUAGAGGUAAGAACUCAGGGUCCUAUCCUCACAGCAAGCGGCAAAAACCCUGUAAUGGAGCUCAAUGAGAAAAGAAGAGGUCUUAAAUACGAACUCAUCUCAGAGACGGGUGGGAGCCACGACAAGCGCUUUGUAAUGGAGGUAGAAGUAGACGGACAGAAAUUUAGAGGUGCAGGUCCAAAUAAGAAAGUGGCAAAGGCAAGUGCAGCGUUAGCUGCUCUGGAGAAGCUGUUUUCUGGACCCAAUGCAGCAAAUAAUAAGAAAAAGAAGAUUAUCCCUCAGGCCAAAGGUGUGGUGAAUACAGCCGUGUCGGCCGCAGCCCAGGCUGUGCGGGGCAGAGGGAGAGGAGCGCUGACGCGGGGUGCUUUCGUCGGGGCCACGGCCGCACCUGGCUAUAUUGCUCCAGGCUAUGGAACACCGUAUGGUUACAGCACAGCAGCCCCUGCCUAUGGUUUACCCAAGAGAAUGGUUCUGUUACCCGUUAUGAAAUUCCCAACAUAUCCUGUUCCCCACUACUCAUUCUUUUAGCAAAUGACAGAAGCUAAUUCCUAUUGAACAACAGUACAAUACAGAAUGGUAGAGAAAAGCCUUUUUAUUCUGCUUUCUUUGAACACAUACUUGAUCAAAAUUAUUUGUAAAGAACAUCUUUCCUACUUUUUGAUUUUAACAAAUGCAAAUUUAGUUCUCUAAAACUUGAAAACAAACAAACAAAAAAAGAAACUAGUUCUGUGAAACGGUACCUCAUUUCCGGAAAAUAACUUCUACCAGCCCUUCUGUUCUAGGGAAAUAAGUCUAGCAGUUCAAAGUUUAAGUUUUAAGAGGAGUAUCAGAUUAUGUAAAAUUAAAUUUGUGAAGGAUGUAUAGUCUCAAACACUGAUCACAAAUAAACUGCUUUGUUGUAACACAGAGUACUGCCUGGUUCCUGAUGCAGUCACUGAUUUUUAGUUGAUUGAAAUGUAUUUGCCCCAGGGCACUUUAAUUCAAUUUGGGCUGUAGUUAUUUUUUUUUAAUACAAUAGAAUUUUCAUUUAAACUUUGUAAAUAUUAAAGUGUGUAAUUAAAGCCAAUAAAAUAUGGGUUUGAAUAUUGUUUUAGCUUAUUAUUUUUGAUAUGUUUUGGUAUCAAAUUACACGGAAUUGAAAAUCAAUAAUAAUUUAGCCCUAGAAACCCAUUCAUUUGUAAGCAAACAGCUAAACACAAAGCGAAGGCAAUUGUUAGUUUGAGCCCGGCUACUUUGUAAGCCCUUUGUAGUUCUGUUGUACAAGGGCAGCCCGAUAACGGUAUACUCUGUUAUUUGAGCAUUGCUUAUUAAAAUGAUGGCACUACCCAGAGAUGGGGAAGGAGGAAUGUGAUUAUUUUAGUUUCCGAAUUUCCAAGUUUUAAAAAAAUAAUAAAUUAAUCAAUCAAUCACCCUUUCUUGUUCUUGUGGCCUUCUUCACUCUGUACGAUACUGUGCUCACUCCCUGGCUUUGUUCAUGCAGAUAGAAGAUUAGUGACUUUUUUGGAUUCAUUGAAGGGUCUUUUUCCUCUUCAAUUACAUCAGAAUCUAAAGCAGCAACAGGGUCCCCAUAAAAACUUGCUCUUCAAUUGUCCCAGUUCUUGUUGAGUGCUGCUGUGAAAAGUGACAGGUUUCAGCCAUGGGUCAGCAUUUAUUUUUAAGAUAACUGAUUAAGCCGGUGAAAAAUGGAUCAGUCAGUAACAUUGUGCUGUUCUGUCAAGGGCGCAGACUUAAGUCUUCCACUUGCAUUCUCACCUCGUUUGGAAAGCGUCUGACGUUACUAGAAGGUAAUGGUUUCAUUAAGGUACCCACCCCCAUGAACGCCGCAGAGUGCCGGCGGCUGGAGCUGCGAGGUGCUGUGCCUCAAAAUUGUCCAUUUUCAGUAUGAAGUAGCCAUCCUCUGCUCUCAUAAAUUCCGGUGAUUUGGAGCUGGACAUCACUGCCUGAUAUUCACGGGCCUCACUCAGUGUGCAAAUUUAUGUACCAGAGAUUGUUGGGGCCACCUAAAUGUGAAUGAAACGAGCAAUUUAAAACAAAUCCAGUGUCACUUCUCCAAAAUGUAUUUCUUCCAUAAUGGCGUAUUUGUGACUUUGGCUCCUGGAUCAUUUAUCUUCAUUAGUGGUGGGUGAUACUUUAAUAAAACCGCGUCACUUGCUAGAAAUAGCUGUGAACUUACCAUACUCAUCCUGUGCAUUAGUGGCUAGACAUAAACCAGGGGCCCAUUGCAGCGGGGAGUGUCUAUGUUUCAUUGAUCUGUUUUGCUGACCUAUGGAUGAAACAGAGCCAUCACUGAGAAGAAAAAGCAUGGCUGGUAGUGCCCAGUUUUUAAUUGAUGCUCUAUUUACGAUGGUCCUCUUUGGUUCUGAAUACUAUUAAUUGGCAGCAGCAGCUGUAUUGUUAUUUGAAAUUGAUCGUCAAAUUUGCAUUCCGACUUGGAAUCUCUCUGGAGAUUUCUUUUAGAAAAUUCUUCCGAAGCCGCUGACCGAGCUGUCUGGCUCAGCCCCCGAGUGGGAAAGGGAGCUGUGCUCUUUUCCAACAUGAUGGCAGUCAUUUCAAAUGGUUCCUACCAAGUCUUUUUUUUUUUUUCCUUUAAUUUUGUUGUUUGUUGGAAGUUACUAACCAUGUUGUAAACCUGCCCAGUUGCUGCAAACUUUUACAUUUCUCUGCUUUACUUAAAAUAAUUGAGCUGUCAGUCCUUUGUUAGAAGUGGUAACCAUGCAAGUUCGACUGUGGAAAUUUUGUAAUGAAUUAAGUGUCCCUCCCCCUUUUGCCCUUCCCAUCCCUCAUUUUGUAAUGAAAAUUCCACUUGCAGCUGAAAGAGCAGAGAAAUAUAAAUGAAGCUCUUGGCUUCACCAAAUUCUCUGAAAUUAACACAAAGUUUUGCUUCUCUGCUCUUUUCUCCACUGUAGGUGGUUUUUUCAUUGACAGUCCCUAUUGCCAGCCUCUGAGCGUCGCACCAUUUAUUAUUCACUUGGGCCCUCAAGAUUUCUUCUCUGACUUCUAGAACCAUCAGGUUGUCUGGCUUGAAAUGGCAAUUUCUAUGUUCUGAUUUUAAAAGCAAUGUGAUCCCCUGCGGCUUUCCAGCUUUCAGAUACACUACCCUGACACAUUCUUUUGGAAAGCAAUGACUGAGCAUUUUAAAGAAGAGCAAUACUUGACUCAGAGCCACGGUGUCUGUUCUGAAACUUUUCCUUUUGAAACCUAGCAAUAUCUCAAGUUCAGCCCUCUGCUCUAGUCCCUUGUCAGGGCGUUUACAGACCAGCGUAGAACUUAGAACUAGCGCGUUAGCUGUGCUAUCUUCUGACCAUUUUUAAACAUUUUUUUAGCACAUAAACCCAACUGUUGCAUUCCUAACCAUGUCAGUUAGUGCUUUCGUAAGUUCCCAGAGAUAGGGGUCCUCCUCCAAGCCAUACUCUUUGCAUGGGGGCUGGUGCCCAGCCAGGGAUGUGCCCUGCAACCUGUGUCUUCAGGCUGCAGGAGCGGCCACCUCCCGUGCAAGGUGAUUGGUCCAAUGAAUUCCCAACAUACCUCAUGCUGGCUCGAUGCAGUGCGUGGUGCAGUGAGGUGAGGAGUCCUAGCACUGUCUGUCGUCUCUCUCAUUGUCAACCUGGGCAACAAACCCUGGAUAGGUUCUGCUACUGUUAUUAUUAGCCUUUUCUUCUUUAGACAAAUUAAUUUUUUUUUGGGGGGGUGAAUGUUUGAAAAUCAUGAAUCAGUCACCAUUAUUAAUUGAAGAGCUGGGAAUACCUCAUUAAUGUAUUUUUAAAACUGGUGUUGGACCCUCUGUGUAUUUCAGGUUAAUACUUUUAAGCAGUUUUCAGCACGUUUAUCUCACUUUAUUCUCGUUCUCCUCGGACCUUCGUAGCCAUAUCACUUGUAUAAAAUAGGCCGAGAUAUAGUGACUGUAAGCUGUGGUCUCAGUAUACAAAGGUAAGCUCUUUUAUUUUCUGAUUAAAGAGAAAAUGAAUUUUUUUAAAAAAAAAUCAAUGAACACAACAUGCAUAUAUGACAAUCAUAUAUGAUGUAUUUGAUCGCCUAGGUCUUAUGUCAUCACAUUAACUUAAAGAUUUUUCUGAUCUAAAUGUAAACUAGUUAUCUGCAGUAUUUGUUUGAAUCCCUUGUAAUUAAUUACUUUUUAGUUGAGCGACAUUUUACGUUGGCUGAAGUGAGUGUGUGCGUGUGUGUAGAGACGUAGGAUGUGACCUAAAUGUGAAUUGCACACAUGUACCUGUUCAGGGGAGCGGAGGGGUCCCCUGGAGAAGAGGCCGGAGCAGCAAGGUCGGCCGCAGUGCUGGAUUUUUUUUUUUUUUUUGGUAGCUGUUAUAUAAGCUGAGGGUCAAAGUGCCAAUUUCUUACGGAGAGAACUUUCUCCAAGAAAUGAGAAUCUCUGAUCUAUGUUGUAUGUCCCAGUACAACUGCAGCAAGAAGCCAUACAUUUAAAGCAAUAGAAAAUGAAUAAUACCAAAACCUUGAGGUAACUAUGGGAAAAUCUAGAACUGACUGAGUUGAGCUAACUGUUUGCAGAGGAACUCUGCUGAGGCGCGGGCGGCGAGUACCCGUGCGCAGAGGCCAGUAGCCUCCGAGCGGCUCUUCUCUGCUCUCGGCUCCUUGGCCAGCUGGGUCGUGUCCACCUUACUCAGCUACCGUGAGUUCCUGUAAAAGGGGAGAGGAUUAGGCCAAGUAUUUCAAUAAGGAUUUGCUUCAUUUAGUGUGUCCCAUAAAUGCAUUUUAUAUGUGAUAGAUGUUUUAUGCUAAAGCUGUAUUUGAUAUAUAGAGAUUAAAUUGAAUAUUAUGUUUUAUAUUUGUCUCUAAGUAGCAGUUUUCUUUUUAUUACUAACUUUGAAGGUUGCUGGAACAACUUUUUCCCUGCCAUACAGAAGCUGUAUGUAUGUCGAAUGUCGCUUUGGCAUCCAUUAAAAAGACUGUACUAAGCCUAGAGUCUUAAGUACCAACUGCAUUCCAGGUCUGAUCCCACAGCCCGUUGUAUGCCCGAUUCUUUGGGUGCUAGUUAAUCAGAGCUUGGCCUGGGAAGCACUGUAAGUGUGAGUCUUUCUGCUGGUGGAAUUGGGCCUACUGUCAACAUUUUAAGUUGGGAAAUAUGUGCAGAAGUAGUGUCAGAUGAUUAACUUAAUAGUGUAUUUAUAAAUGAUUUAGCAUCUUGGGCCCACUGACAUGCCAGCAGUGGGUGUCACUUGAAACUUCAUGCAGUAGGGGCCUAGCGACAGUACAGCAGGGAGGGCGUUUGCCUUGCACACGGCCAACCUGGGUUCAGUCCCUGGCAUCAUCUUAUAUGGUCCCCCGAGUACCACCAGGAUUAAUUCCUGAGUGCAAAGGCAGGAGUAACUGCCGGCUUACAUUGCCGGGUGCGACCCAAAAAGCCAUUAAAAAGAAAAAGAAAAAAAGAAAAACUUUGUGCAAUAUAAGUUACUUCUGGCAGUUAAUCCUACUCAGUGUGUGUUUCUGGCCCUCUGUCCAAGUAAACAAACUAAAUGAAUGGAAGCGAAUAGCAGAUAUUCUUGCCCUUUAUACACAGUUCUAAUGCCAUAGCAAAGAAAAAAUGAUUAAUUUAAAUGUUGACCAUCUCUUUAUAUUUUUUAGAAUAAAAAUAAGGGACAUUUCACCUUUACGAUCAGCCAUUCAAUGAUAUUGAAAAUUUCCAAUAUUGAGGGAAUGAAGUAAGAUGAUCCCUGAGUUCCUGCCCCAGAAACAUUCAGUGCAGUUAAGGCUGGGACCAGCCUUUCUCGGUGACUGGUCUUCCUGUAACUGCCCUGUUCAGAGCCAUCUGGAUCCUGGGGCCCUCUGAGGUCAGGGAGACUAGCAGAGCCUCUUCUGUUCACGCACUCGAGAUCGCCAUUGGCUGCCAGGCCCUCCCGUGACCUGAGGUUCCUGUGUGCUCGGAGGCGUGUGCAGGAGAGGAACGCUGGGUAGCAAGGCCGAGCCAGGAAACCGCCCCACGCUGAGUUGCGCUCCCCGUCAGAGCCUCCCCGGCACAGAGCGAGACUUCCCGGGUAAGGAUGAGUUCCGGUGCUAGGAGAAUCUUCUGGAAAGAUGGGCUGAAGUCAGGGAUUGGGGUAGUUGUGAGAAUAGGUAUGCUUCCUCUCAUUAUUGUUCCAAGUGGAGCUCACGGCUUCCAUUGAUGCUCGGAGCAGUGAUCUUUGGAGAGUUUCAAAAAUAGCACCGGGAUGCAAAUUAGGUUAUGUAAGCUCUACAGCACGGCCAGAAAUAGGGAAGAGAAACCAGGUGGCCAUCUGGGCCAGAGUAUUUCUAGCCCUCUCGCAGAGUCCCAUGGGCUUGGGCAGUGAGUGAGUCCGUCCCCGUGCAGUGUGUUGAGGGGUGACUGGCCCCUAGUGAGUGUGUCGUCAGUGUUGGCGUGGCUCGCGCAGGGGACGGGAAGUUAACGCUGGGAGCAGGGCUUGCCGGCAGCUGUGGCGGUGCCUUUGUGCCCGCUGAUGUGGGGUGCUGCCAGGGCCGGGAGAGGCCCCCUCCUGUGUUGUCUGCUGCCGGGCGGGGAGCCAGUGGGGGUAGACUUGCUUUGAGGCUUACGGGUUCUUGGGAUUUCUGAGCGGCCGGGCGUAGCGUGUCGGCCUGCUGAGCCCAAGUCUCCGGGCCGGGCUUAAUGAGGAAGAGGAGUGUUGCUCGCUCGCUGUCCCUGGAACCGUGCAGGCAGAGCGGCGCCUUCCCACGGUCAGGUAGCAAGUUAGUUUAAGCCACAGGGGGAAAGGGGGCUGGGCGAGGGGGCUUCAGCUGUUGAAGCGUGCAUCUGGGGAGCAGCGCUGUGGCCUGUGGCCGUCACUCUUUGGAGAAGAGUAUCUGACUCCUCACCACUCUCUUACCCUUGGGGGAGCUCUGUCCGCCUGCCCUUGUCCACUUCUCUCUCGAGGUGUGGUUGGGGGAGUGGGUGAAGUUGACGUUUCUGGAUUGAGUACAGGGUGUGUUCCUGCAGAGACCGCGGGGCCCUGAGACUCGGGCAGAGGUGCUCCUGCCUGCUGGUGGGGGCGAGGCCUGGCAGAUGCUGGAGACAGUGACCCAGUACUGCCUCUAAAAGCAGAGAAGGUGGAUUUGGGUUCUAGUCUAGACUUUCGAUGCUACGAGAGAGAUUUAGAUAAUUCUCAUGUCAUGGAUUCCGUAGGGGGGGAGGGGGGGUUGGUGGAUUCGCUCCCUUACCGCGUCUAGGCUGAGCAAGGCCCUGUCUGGUGUUUCCUCAGAGGUCAGUUGUUCCAAGCAGAACUGCUUGGCUGUCAGGUAAAGGCAGGGGAGCCCGGACACGGUUCAUUCCGUACGAAGGCCCGAGGUGCAGGGGCCAGAGCGAUGGUACAGUGGGUGGGCCCUGGCUCGCCCCCCCCACCCCCAUAUGGUUUCCUGAGCCACGCCAGGGUGAUGGUGCCGGCGUGCAGAGCCCGGAGUAAGCCCUGAGCACGGGGGUGGCCUGAAGACCAGAACCAGGCUUGCGGCCAGCGUCUGACCCCCAGUGCUGCCCGAGGGUGCCCAGCACCGUCCUGGUAUAGUCCACUCUGAGAAGACCAGAGGCCGCGCGCUCUGGAACUCUCGCAGUAGCCAGGAAACAGGUAGUUUGUAUUUAUUUCGUGCUUGUCUUUUCCAAAGUACAAAGUAAUAUUUAUUUCUCGGUUGGCAGAAAACCAGUGCCAAUGACUUUGAGCUCGUCCUUUAGAGGAAGAUUCUGAUCUUCCCUGGCCCAGCCUCUCUGCAGACAGAACCCUGUCGCCCCUGGUGGCCGCUGGGCCGGGCGUGCGAGUCCUCUGGGCGCUGCCGGAGCCCAGCGUCUCUGCUGUGUGUCUGCUGCCUCGGUCCUUCUGUAGUUCCCCCAGACGCCAGUGGGGCUGCGAGUGCCUGGAGUCGAGGCCACUGGCCUUGUGGGCAGCCGUGGGGGCGGCUCGGAGGGCGGGCAGGCAGGAGGCGGGGCGCGGGUGUUGCUGGAGCUGGGCUUCUUCCUGUCGUGCCUCUGUAGUCAGCUUGAUUCUGGAGUGACGCUGGCGCUGUCACAGUGCCACCCCCUCCUGCAGCCUCGGGCGCCGGGCCUGGACUCCUGGCCCCUGGCCUUUCUGACUAGAUACCUAUCUAUCUAGGUAUAGACACAGAUAUUUUCCCAUAAAAUAGGGCUGUUUUCUUCCAAUCUGUGGGAAACAUGACGGACUGCAGAGGCUGGAAGCCCGAAGUGUGACUGGCUGUGUGACUGGAGUGGCGCUCCAGCAGCUGAUGUGCUCUGCCUCCCUGCGGGCGGGAGGCGCAGGGCCGUCCCGAGGGAGUUGGCCCUGGCUUUGAAGGCGGCUGCGGCAGCCCUGACUGGGGGUCCUCGGGGGCGGGGGAGGUGACCCCGGGCAGGUGCCGAGCGGGUAGGGGUGCCAGUGCCCUGCGCUUAGCAGGCGGCCCUCGGCGCGGGGAGCUCUGCGGGUCUGUCGCAGGGUGGGCGAGCGUGGGCUGGGUAUUGGUCCCUUGCCCGUCACCGUCACUCGCCCUGCAGGGCACGGCGGGACAUUGCUCACACGGCCGCAUGGUGCCGACAGCAGGCCGGACAUUGGGGCCCUGCGAUCUUGCCGGGACCACCACCGGGUUCGCGGUGGGAGUGUGGUUCUUAGUCUGGGAAAGUCAUGCCCGGUGCCCCUCUGGGGCUGCUCCCGGCUCCGAGUGCGGGGACCGCGUGUCCCGGUGAGGGCUUUUCCCGUGGGCUUGCUUUUGUUUGAGGCCACGCUGGCCGGUGGUGCCCGGGGGACCCAGAGUAAGGUGGGAGCCAAGGCCGGUGUCCUGCAUGGGAACGAGGGUGCCAGCUGUCGCCCUGGCCGGGAGGGGCGCAUUCUCCGGUGGCCGCGCUCCGGAAGGUGCUCUUGCAGGUGAGGAAACGGUGGCCCAGGCAGGGGGACAGCCGAGUGGGCCUGGUGCCCCCUUCCCCGCCCCUCCCCAGGGGGCGUGCUUGUGGCUCAUGCUGCCGGUCGGGACUGGCACCUGGCCUGUUUCCAAACCUGCUGGGGCAGCGUCCGCUCCCUCUGCUCUGGACUCGGGUGUUCUCUGGGUCGGAACCAGCCCGGCCCAACCACCUUUCUGACUGCCCCCAGCCCUCCAGGCCGACUGUCCGCCUCCGUGGGAGGAAUCGUCCCCGCCGGGCAGGCGAUGCCCAGCCCAGGCCGAGUCCCCCAGCUGCACAGUUGGUUUUGGUGCCACAAGUGAUCUUUUCAUGCCCGAACUGGAGCCGACAGUCCCAGCCCAGGGCUGUGACUGCAGAGACGAGGCCCGGGCGGGGGGGCGGAGACUGCGUUGCCGGGUGUGUGAUUUUGGCGGGCCGCCUUGUUGUGUUCGGUCGUGGCUGUCCCGGGUCCCUGGGAUGGAGGCGCCUUCCCGCAGUGCUCAAGAGAGGACACGGGCUCAGUUCCUGGCCUGGGAGGCUCCAGUGCAGGGAGUAGGUGGGCGUCACCUGGCGGGGGCACCUGGAAGCUGUCCCUGGGCAGCCUGGGGAAAGGACACCGGGUGGGGCCGCGCAGGGGUAGUGAGAGCGCACAGACCCUCACCCAGGGUCUCGCCUCGGCCAGCCGGGCUGCGCAGGAGGAGGGGAGCAGGGCGCUUUGGGGGCUCGGGGGCGUCCGGCCGUCUCUGCUUGGGAGAGGCCCUUUGGCCUCCUGGCUUCAAGGGGACGUGGCUGUCGCCACGGCCGGGAAGGAAGAAAGGAAGCGCGGCCACGGGCCUGUGGCACUGCAGGCAAGGCUGGAGAGGCCCCGUGCCAGGGCAGGGGAGAUGCUGGGGGGCACUGAGCCCCUCUCUCCCGCCACACCCUCUGGGGUACCGCCCGUUGGCGCCUUCUGCUUCCCCGACUCGGGUGGCCCAGGGUGGCCUCGCAGCAGCUCUGGCUUCGUAAGCAGGUGGCACGUGGCUCUCCUCCCGGCAGGAGCCGGCCAACACGGGAGCGGGGCGGGGGCUGAGGGUCACGCAGGCCUCCCUGGGCUGGUUUGUCCCGGUGGACGGGCAGGGAGGGGAGCAGGGGGCCCGGGCCUCAAGCACAGCCUGGUGGGCGCCCACGGGCGCUGCCAGAGCACAGGGACCCAUCUGUACGCCGCAGGGGAGCACGGGGCGGGGCCGCUGGCUGUUCCCACCAGCGCUUGUCUCCAGCUGUAGAGGUGACUUGCUUCUGGCCCAGUGCUGACAGGAAACUUGGUCCCAUCUGCUGGGUGGGUCCGCUCGUGUCCCCACCAAGGUUUCCUGAGCACUGUGUGCAGGGGCUGUGGGCCUCCCUGCGGGAAGCUUAGGUUUCAUGAGAGGUGAGCACUGGAGGGUGAGCCUUGGCUGGAGAGGGAGCUCAGCAUAGAGUUCAGGCCCAGGAGACUGAGGGGUGUCUGGGGGCUGCAGUGACAAGUGUGCCUUGGUGUCACAGCUCCGUUGGGGAGGUCUCUCUGGCAUCGGUGACAGUGCUCCGAGCAUCGGAGCCCCCCCCGACCCAGCCCCCACCUUGGAGCCUUUUCUUGCCUCCUAACGGCCACUUGGCAGGGCAGGACCCUGGGGGCAUGUGUCAGUCCAACUCUGGCGGGGCCUUGUGUGAGUGGGACGGCAGGCGGCAGGACCAACACAUCCCCCCUCUGUGCGUCCCCUGAUGACGGUCAGGCCAGGGACAAAGUGCUCGGGGUUGCUGGCGAGACAGUCCUGCUGCUGUCUGGCCACUGCCGUGGGGGCGCCCCGGCCGCCCCGUCCAGGCCUCCCGGGAAGGGAUGCUCCAUGGCUGCUCCCGCCUCCUGCGGCUCUGUGCUGAGGGGCGGGGCAUGGGGUCACCCGGGGCUGGCGGGUGCAGAGGUGCCUGGGGGGGGGGUGGGCCCCCUCAGCACUGUGGCCUUUGUUUUGUCCCUCGAGGCUCUCGUCUCUCUGCCGAGGGACAGCUUUGUCCUCGGUCCUUGCUUCUGGCGUUUGUGACGGCGAGGCUGGCCGUCUGGGGCCAUGUGGUGUCCAGGCUCCGCUGUCUGUCCAGCGGCUUGUGUUGUGCUCGGGCCUUGAGUUGUGGGCACUUCCUGCCCCCGCGAUGCCAGGGCUCCCCCUCCCGACAGCGGUUCCCCCAAACUCCUCAUCUACUGCCCGCCGAGGCCGGAGUGGUGCCUGGUGUGCAGAGCAGCUGGAGGUCAGGCGGGUGCCCACUAGCGGCGGCCAGGAUCUGCGGGAGGUGCCAGGGCCCUGUGGCCGCAUCUGCUGCCACUCACUGGGCUGGCCCCGGCCCGCGGGCCUUCCUGCCACAGGGUCGGAGGCGGUCGCCACCUUCUGCCUUUGUCCAUCUUCUCUUGACAGUCACCGGGCACCAUCUUUGGCCAACUGGCCCUUCCUAGUCCUUAGAGCGCUGACCGCGCCCCUCUUAGCCUUGCGCUUGGGCCUCUCUGCCGGCCUGGCCUGAGGCGGGCCGGGGGCAGGACAGGGCUCUGUCCUUCCCGGGCUAGGGCGCUUCCGGAAACAGCUCGGAGCCUGGCCAAGGGUGCUGUGGCCCUCGUCCUCUCGCCCGCCCCCAGGCGCCUCCAGGAGCCCCGCGGUGUGGCGGUGAGUAGAAGCCCCCCCGCUGCUCGGUCACGGGCAUGGCACCGGCCGGGCAGUUGGCCGGGGCGGCUCUCAGAUACUGGUCUCGAGUAAAUACCUGUAAUUACUGACUGUGUUUCCUUCUGAGUACGCAAGUGUAAAUAGUGUCUAGAGUUGCAGUGCAGAGUCCUUGGCAGUAACUCCAUGUUGUGUACUGUGUUAAACGGACACUGGACUGUCCUUCCCUCUGGGCAAUGACCACACGUGGACUCGGAACUGGGAGUCUUCGGCACGAUGGAAGCGGCAGCCUUCGUGGGCGGACUGUCCCCAGUGCCUCACCACGAGAUGCCUGGCCUCCUCCCGAGGGACCUGCCACCGCCUCCUCCAGGCAGCGCCACGCGGCGGCUCCUCCACACCGACGGGACUUGGCCGAGCAGGAGCCUCCCGGCCGGCUCUGCCCUCUGUAACGCCCUGACAUGUUGCAUUUUCCUUAUCUGGAUGAAUCGAAUAAAAGCUUCUGUCUUCAGCAGCA